AUGGCCGGCUUCGACACGAUCCUGCUGGGGGCGUACGUGGAGCAGCUCGGGGGCACCCUCAGCAGUCUCACGAUCGACGAUAUGCUGUCGACCUCCCUCCUGGAGUUGUUCACGGCCUUGGACGAGACAGUGGUUGACAGUGUGCCCCUACAGGCGCUCCAGAAGUCCAAGCUGCGGCGCUUCCUCAGGAAGAUCGCAGAGAUCGGCGGCGCGCCCUCGCCGGACUUCGGCACGCUGAGCGGCCCAGCGCAAGCGCCGACGCGGCCGGCGGCCAAGGCGCCGCCUCCCGUGCCAGCGGCACGGAAGCGCAAGCUGGCCGCCCUCAUCGACCAGGCGGAUGAUGGAGACGUUGAGCUCCUCCCGGCGCCGCGCAUUGCGGCUUUGUGGGCCGACUUCGAGAGGGCCCACGGCGGGGGGCCCCGCGAGCGCGAAGACGCGACGGGGGACCAGCUCUCGGCGCUGGCCGCCAAGCUCGCGGAAGACAUGGUGUUCGUCGGGGGGGAGCUGGUCACUCGGCAGCUCCGGGGGCCUUCCUCUUUCGACACCUGGCGGGCGUGCUGGCGAGUCUUCAGGACGGCGAUGCUCGUGCUGAAGGCCCGCGUCGCCAACGGAUGCUACGCGGGCUCUUUCGACAAGGACCGGCCUUGGGAAUCCGUCAUCCGGGAUUCGGCCAAGUCAGAGAGUAGCCCCCACGCCAACUGGUGGUGCGAGCGCGUGGACAAGCUGUGCCUCCUCGCCUCCCGCCGGGGCGCCGUGCCGCAGGCGCUGCAGGCGGCCGGCGGCAAUGACGACAAGAAGAAGAGGGGCCUGGCUGGGAUCGAGCGUCGCAAGGACGGGCGCCACCUCCGCGCCGCCGACGGCUCCCAGCUCUGCUUCAGCUGGAACCGUUCGGAGAAAGGCUGCACGGACAGUCGCUGCCCCCAGGGCCGCGCCCACAGCUGCGAGUGGUGCCUGGGCUCGCAUCGGGCCAUCGACCCGGAGUGCCCGGCGAAGCCGCGCGGCUGGGUGCCGCCGCCGCCCGGGCGUCCGCGAGCUGCCCAGCGAGGCCCUCCGGCGCCCCGCGCCAGUAGGGAGGGCGCGGCCCCGCCUCUGAAGGUCGCCAGGACGGCGCAGGAGGCAUCGGGGGCCGCAGAGGGCGCGACGCCCAGCUCGCGGGCAGCUCCGGCAGGUGCCGCCGCGGCGAUUGCGGCGCCGCACCCAGGGGCGCGCCCGUCGGCAGAGCAGGCGCUGGCUACGGCAACGCUUCUGGGCUUGGCGGCCGCGUCGGCGGCCCGCCGGGCCGCCGCAGCCGCGGCGGCGCCAGUGCUCGCGCAAGAGGCGCCCGAGACCGCUCCAGGCGAGACGCCCGUCUCGCGCCGGGCGCGGCUGAGUCGACAGCGCCAGAGCCUGCAGGACGUUCUGGGCAGGCUCCAGCGGCUCGGGGCCUCGCUAGCGGAGGAGGAGCCCCGCUUCGUGGCACUGUCCGAGUUCGGGGACCCGGCGCCGGUGCGCCGCCACGCCUCUCGCGGCGUUGACCCCGUGGACACGCGGGAACAGCGGGGUCAGGAAGACGCGGCGCGCAGGGCCGGCCUGAGGAACGCGGCCGCGGCGGUCGCCUCGGAGCCGGCGCUCCUGCGCGUCAUGGGCCAGGUCAGGCUCGCCAUUCGGGGGGCCCAGUCCGAGGACGCCAGCCUGACUGGGCUCGCCGGCUGCUGCGGGGAGACACCCGCGCGCGCGCCGCCGUCUCAAGCGGCCGCGGCAGCACUGCGGGCGAAGGUGGCCCGCGCACUCGGUGUCGAGCCCGGCGGCGAGCUCCGCCACCACCCAGCCUCGAACAUGCGGUUCCGCUCGGCGCAGCAGGUCAUAUCGCUCGCCGAAGGGCCCGAUCGGGAGGUCGGGAGGUGGCUGGAAGAGGGCGCCCCCAUGGGCAUCUCCCGCGCAGUGGUGCCAGGCGGAUUGUUCCCGCUGGCCGAGUCCUGCAGCACCUUGGAGCCCGGCGACCUGGGCACGGGCGACUACGCGUUCUUGGCCAACCACCCGUCCUUCGCCGACAAGCACGAUGAGGCGGAGGCGCCGUCCUUGGACCUGAUUCGCGGCUGCCUGAAGUCGGGUUACGGUGAGACCUUCGACACGGUGGCGGCAGCCGAGGCCAAGUUCGGGCGCGUCUUCCCCGCGCCGCUCGGCAACGUCCGGCGCCAGAAGCGGGACGGGACAUUCAAGAACAGGAUCAUACAGGACCUCAAGGCCAAUGGGGUGAACCGGGCGUCCACGACACGCGAGCGCGUCGUGCUGCCGAGGGGGUCGAUCACGCGCAUCCCGUUGCACGAGGACGAAGGGCGUUUCAACGUCGCGAUCCUCGAGGAGCCUCCAAUGGCAGGACACGGCCGCGUCAUCGUCUGGCGGGUCCUGGGCUUCGGGGGAAAGGCCAACCCCCUGGUGCACGGCAGGGUCGGGUCAUUGCUGGCCCGUUCCGCUCAGGCCAUGCUGUCGGCUUCCGAAGGCCGGUUGCAGCUCUACGUCGACGACCCGGCGAGCACCCUCGCGGGCUCCGACGAGGGCAUCCACUGCAACUUGGACACGGUCCUCGGGUGGUGGCUCGCCCUCGGCCUGGGGCUGGCAUGGCGGAAAGGGGUUUUCACCUUGGGCGCCCAUGUCUGGGUCGGUAUCCAAUUCGAGUUGCGCGGCGCCGUAGCUUACAUGGCCCUGAUGACCCUGCCGCCGGAGUUUUUGAAGGUGUCGCGCAUUGCCCAGGUCGUGCAGGAGGCAUACCCCUUCGCAGCAUCCUUCUGGGCGGCCUUGGUGGCUGCAGAGCAGGCGGCGGCGUCGGCGCGGCCGGAGGCGCCGCCCGGGCGCGUCGCGAUUCGCCGCUUCGCCGCUGCCGCGGCGGCGUGGGUGCGGGCGCUCAUCAGAGGCGCCGUUCUGCCCCUCGCCCGCGAGGUGCACCACCGGCCGGACCUGCGCCGCCUCCCGGCCGCGCUGGUCCACGUGGAGUUCGAUGCCCCCCCGUGGGUGGGAGGCGCCAUCCUCUUCGAGAAGGGCGCCCCGCGCGAAUACCUCGCGUUCACGUGGUCGGACAAGCUCCUCCAGCGGUUCAGCGCCGAGAUCGGCAAUUCCAAGUGGCAGACCUUGUGGGAGUACGUCACCCUGCUGGUCACCCUGUUGGCGCGGGGCGCGCCGUUCGCAGUCGGGCAGGUCCUCACGAUCAAGGGGGGCAACCUCGCGGCGCUCGCGGGCGCAGUCUAUUACCGAGGACGUCGAGACCUGAAUGCCGUGACCAGGGAGCUGUCAUGGAGGAAGGCUGCCGUCCGGUGGACAUGCACGGUCUCGCAUCUACCGCCGGAGGCCAACGAGCUAGCGGGCGCUCUCUCCAG